AUGUCUUCUGCAUUUCAUCUGAAUGAGAAGGAUAUAUUUGCAAAUAAGGAGGUUUUGUCAAAAGCUUUUCACUUUAUGGCUAUAAAGAAUAGCUUUCAGUUCAAGACUUUGAGAUCAAAUUUCAAAUCAGUUGAGUUUGAAUGUGUUCAGAAUGGCUGCCAAUGGUAUGUUAGAGCAUCUCGUUAUAGAGGUGCAUCUAUUGAAGGUUGGAGGAGACCUAAUAUAUCUGUUGAUGGAACAUUUUUGACGAGCAAAUAUGGUGGUACACUAUUGACUGCCUCAACGUGCGAUGGUAACAAUCAGAUUUUCCCUCUUGCUUUUGGUAUAGCAGAUUCAGAAAAUGACGUUUUUCCAUAUGCUCAAUAUUGUGUUUGUAAGCAACAUCUGUUGAAGAAUUUGAAGUUGUCAUACAAGGACUCCUUGAUUGAUAGACUUUUUGAAAACUGUGCCAAAUCCUACACAACUAAUGAUAUUGAGUUAAAUAUGAGGUUGAUGAAGUCAAUAUAUCCUACUAUACAAGAAUAUCUUAGUAAUGUUGGAUUUGAUAAAUGGGCUCGUGCACACACUAACGAAAGAAGAUAUCAAAUGUUGACAACUAAUAUUUCUGACAGCCUAAAUGCAACUUUGAAAGAGUCAAGAGAUUUACCUGUUGCAGCACUACUUGAUUCAGUUGAUCCUAUAAACAACGUUGAAUUUCAAGUAAUUCAUAAAGCGGAUAAUUUUUUGGUAAAUUUGGGUUCUAAAAGUUGCACUUGUCGUGUUUGGGAUUUGGAAGAAAUUCCUUGUGCUCAUGCACUUGCAGUUAUUUGUAGGAUUGAUUUGAAUCAUUAUUCAUAUGUGUCUGAGUAUUAUCUGUCUAGUAGAUUGUUAUUUACUUAUAAUGGUUCAAUUCGUCCUGUCGGUAACCAUUUGGAUUGGGGAUCUGUAGCAAUUGAUGUUAAUGUAUUACCUCCUAUCAUUAAACGUCCAGCAAGAAGGCCUCAAAAACAAAGGAUUCCUUCAAUUGGUGAGGUGGAGAAAGCACACAAAAUGCAGACGUUGUCAACGUGUUGGACAMAAUCGUAG